AUGGCUCAACGAACGGUUUUCGGUUGGACGUUGUUUGGAAAUGUCGAUGGGUCCGAAUCCGCUUCGCUCGGUUUGCAGUCUUUGCAUUGUGAAGUUCAUUUAGAUCGAGCGCUCACUAGACUUUGGGAGUUAGAAGAAGCACCGAAAAAGGCCCACCUCACCUACGAAGAACGCUAUUGUGAAGAGUUUUUCGAAAAAACGCACAGAAGGUCACUUGACGGUCGAUUUAUAGUAGAGCUGCCGCUGAAAUCUGACGUACCCUUGGGAGCAUCACGAAGUUAUGCUGUUCGAAGUCUACUAAGCAUCGAAAAAAGACUUGCGCGAGAUGACGACCUAUGCCAACGCUACAAUGAGUUCAUGCAAGAACUCAUCGACAUGAAGCACAUGGAACUUGCACCACCGCCAACGGAUCAAACGUUCUAUAUGCCGCAUCACCCCGUUAUAAAAGAGUCAAGUGUGACGACUAAAUUGAGAGUCGUGUUCAAUGCGUCCGCCAAAACCACCACCGGGAAUUCGUUGAACGAUGCAUUAUUUGUUGGUCCCCAAUUGCAACCUGAUUUAUAUUCUAUUUUAACACGUUUCAGAACGCAUCGCUACGCAGUAACAGCGGACAUCGCGAAAAUGUACCGCCAAAUAUGCAUGUCCACGAAAAACCUCGAUCUACAACGCAUUGUCUGGCGUCGUGACCCGACGCUACCCAUUAGGGAUUAUCGCAUGUUGCGCGUUACUUAUGGCGUUGCCGCUGCGUCCUACUUAGCCGUUAAAUCGCUGCAACAAACCGCAAAAUAUUCGUCACACAUUUGUGAGAAGGCUGCUGCCGUCAUCCAUAAGGACUUUUACAUGGAUGAUCUCCUCACUGGUGCGUCUUCUAAAGAAGAGCUGCUAUGUUUACAACGAAACGUCUCCGAAAUACUGAAGGAAGGGGGUUUUGAACUUCGAAAAUGGGCGUCUAAUUGUGCGGAGCUUUUUGAAAAUGUUUCGAAUGCAUCAGAAAAUAUAUUACACUACCUAGUCGAUAGUAAAGAUGUCCAUGCCUUGGGCCUUAUAUGGAAUACAGAGGAGGACUACUUCACGUUCUCAGUUAAUCUGAAUCAACCACCCACUAUUUUAACGAAGAGAAAUUUCUUGUCUGAUGCUAGCACGCUUUUCGACCCACUGGGUCUGCUCGCUCCAGCGACCAUAAGAUCAAAGAUGUGGUUUCAGGAGAUCUGGCGUAUGAGUGUCGGUUGGGAUGACGUUAUUCCAGACUGCAUCGCAGCACAGUGGCGACAACAUCGCUCGGAAUUGCUACUGCUAUCAAGUUUAAAGAUAAGUCGCUGGUUUGGCACAGGAGCAGGGGAGUCGUUCACUGAGCUACAUAUUUUCGCUGACGCUUCCGAGCGCGCUUACGCUGCCGUAAUGUACGCGCGCACAUUACACAACGACGGCAGUAUUACUGUCGUGCUGAUAUCGUCGAAGACUAAGGUAGCACCGUUUAAAACAACAACCCUGCCGCGCUUAGAAUUGUGCGCUGCACAUCUUGCUGCUAAAUUGGCGCGAAGCGUGUUACAUAGCUGGGGUGAUCUCCGCUAUCCGAUCUAUGCUUGGACUGACUCAACUAUCACAUUGGCAUGGCUUCAGGCGCAUCCUAGUAAGUGGAUAACUUUCGUUGCCAAUCGCGUUGCUGACAUACAAGAAGUUUUACCGCCUGAAUGUUGGAACCAUAUCCGCUCUGAACUGAAUCCAGCAGAUUGCGCUUCUAGAGGUGUAACUCCGUCUGAACUACUGCAUCAAAAACUAUGGUGGUCUGGUCCUGAAUUCUUAAAAGGUCCUGACCAUUUCUGGAAGUUAUCACCUUCGCAACACACAACUCAGUUGGGCGUUCGUAGUAAGGUCGUCGCCCAUGCUACGAGCUCAGAUGACCACUGUCCUGUAUUGAUAAGACAUUCAUCGUAUUCCAAGCUGCGCCGCAUCAUUGCUUACGUGUUAAGGUUUUUCGUCAACGCUCGAGUUAAGACACGAAUCAACGCUGCUAAACGGGUCGGUCCUCCCUGCUGUCAAGAGAUAUCCGAAGCUGAACUGCGCUUGAUCAGCAAAAGAAAGCCGAUUCCGCUUCGGAGUAGUAUUUUGACAUUGCAGCCACAUCUCGAUGAGAAAAACGUCUUGCGAGUAGGAGGUAGGAUCAAGAACGCUGAAGUAGCUGCUGACGUAAGACAUCCGAUUAUCCUGCCAAAAAACUGCCCACUUGCGAAACUGAUCAUUCACGAUAUUCACGAAUUCACGUUACACGCUGGACCUCGCAUCAUGCAAACUAUCCUGCAACGUCGAUAUUGGGUUAUUGGCGCCCGCAGCCUAAUUCGUAGCACAUAUCGCAAAUGCGUAAAGUGCACCUGUCUCAACCGCAAUCUCGCCGCACAAUCAAUGGGGGAUUUACCUGCGAUCCGAACCACCUACGCACGCUGUUUCAUCCACGCUGCUGUCGAUUUUGCUGGACCAUACUCUUACAAGUUCACUCAUGGGAGAGGAGCGAAGGCCACCAAGGGCUAUAUUUGCGUUUUUAUUUGCAUGUGCACCGGGGCGAUGCAUUUAGAGUUUGUCGGAGAUCUAUCAACAUCGAGCUUCCUCAAUGCCUUUAAAAGAUUUGUAAGCCGCAGAGACUCUAACAUCGAAUGGCGUUUCAACCCUCCGUCCGCGCCUCAUAUGGGGGGGUACUGGGAGAUUGGCAUAAAAAGAGUCAAAUAUCAUCUGAAACGCGUUAUGAGCGAAAUUCUUCUGUCCUACGAAGAGUUCAACACGCUGCUGACAGAAGUAGAAGCCUGCAUCAACUCCCGUCCACUUUGUGACAAUUCUGCAGCCGCUGGUGAUGUAGAGGUACUUACGCCUGGUCAUUUCAUUGUCGGUGAACCGCUUAAAUCUAUCCCGGAGCCUGAGGGUCAAGGGCUCCGUGGAAAUCUGCGUCAGCGGUGGCAAGCGAUCUCUGCCAUGAGACAGCAUUUCUGGCGCCGUUGGAGAGACGAAUAUCUCGUCAGCUUGCAACGUCGUACCAAGUGGCUUCGCCCUUCACGCAACAUCGAAGAAGGUGAUGUAGUUGCAGUCUUCAACGAGCCUACCCCUCCGACGAAGUGGACGCUGGCACGUGUUAUUAAAUGCCACCCUGGCGCCGAUGGACGCGUGAGAGUGGUUACGCUGAAAACACCGCAUGGCGAAUUAGUUCGGCCCAUAGUAAAGCUCUGCCCUUUACCAACGAAAGAAGACUUGUUUCACGAAGAAACUACUAAUUCAUCAUAA